AAAAAUGUGUCUGGACGAUUGCGCUUCAACAAAUUCCACAACGCAAGGAGAAAACAACAUUAAACUUUCAGCACCUAAACAAAUACAUGAAAACUAUAGAUUAAACUUGGUGUGCCGUGAUGAUACAAGUUUAAAUUUCAACAUCGAACUGUACACUCCUAAUAAAAAUCAAAAAAUAUAUAAAAAUCAAACAUCAUUUGAUACAUCAUCAUCGCUUUUCACUAUGGAUGCUGCAGCUAAUAUGAAUGAGCCGACUAUUAAAGGAUUUGCUGGAAUAUUGUUUGUGAUUAAAAUUCACUUGGCACAUGAACCAAAUCAAAUUUUUGCAUAUUUGUCAGAUGACAAUUUCUUCACCCUCGACAAACUUAUGGUCAAUACAACAUACAACAUCUCGGUAAUGGCGGUUCAUUCCAAUAACAAAUAUUCUGUCAUUGCACAACAGCAACAAUUCAAAACUUUGCGGCGUUCUUACACCCCCGGCAAUGUGACCGAAAUAAAAAUUACACAUUUUACGGAAGAUAAAUUAAAUAAAAAGCAUUUAACGGCAACAUUGACAUGGAAACCGGCUGCAGAUAUGACGUGCUAUUACAAUAUCAUAUGUUUUUCGCCAGAAAGUGAAGAUUAUGAAUUGCAACCGUUGGAAAUACGAAAUGUAAGUGAGAGAUUGUGUAUUUGUGUCUUGUACUUGCAAUUGCAGCUCCAAAAAUAA